CAGAUCAGCUUGUGGGAUAUUCCUUCAGAUACUCAUGGGUUCCCAAGCAGGCAUGUUGUCCAUGCUCCUCAGGGUAUUUCAGAGAGAAAAUAGAAUACACACAGACACCAGACCAAGGCAGAAGGAGGCCGACCGCCCAUCAUGGUGGGAAAGGGCAAGAAACAACUGGUCGUGGAGAAGGCACAGGUGUGCUGGGGAGGCAUCAAUCCAAGCCCCCACCAUCAAUGAGCAGGAGAAGAGACACGAGAGGUUGGAGAAGCUCAAAAGAGAGCUCCAGAACAUAAAAAAUGCCAGAGACGAACUUCAGGGAAUCCUGGCCAACUACACUAACAAGGAUUUAAAUGACAGGAUCAACUUUGAGACAUUCAUGCUUGAGAUGCAACAUGACCAGGUGAUGACUGACCUGAAGAGAAUGCCCCAGGACAUCAGUGAGGCCUUGUCCAAGUGCAAGCAGUUGACUAAAGAAAAUCAGUUCUACUGCUUCAGGAACUGCCAACUCCUGAUUGAAUCUAACCUCAUCCAGCACAAAGUCAGGAUGUUGAGGAAGGAGAAUAGACAGCGGCUAAGGGAGCAGAUUGCAUUGGAAGAAUGCAACAUAGAAACAAAAACACUAUGUAAUGAAGGCAGCCAGAAGAUCAAAGACCACUAUACUAAGCAGCAGCAGGUAGGAUGAAUGAAGCAUCAGGGGCAGAAUGCCCUAAUGUGUGAUCAUAAACACAGUCAAGCCUAUGUAACCAUCCUGCACCUUAUCCAGGCUCUCUCCUAUUUCUCAUCCAGUU